AUGAAGCUGAUCUUGGGUGAUGCCUCAAGGCGGAUCGCAGACGCAACAACUACAUGGUUCAGACAUGCUCCAGGAGAAAAGCCGCUUCUCAUCGCCUCUGCUUACCAUUAUAUACCUGCUGUAUAUUAUAAUGGCUUUGACAAGACUGGCCGCUUUAAAGUGUUAAAAGAAAAAAAUAGUUUUAAUCUGAGGAUCUCAAAUGCAGAACCGUCUGAUUCAGCUACAUAUUACUGUUCUGUUGCAUAUUAUACAGAUACUGCGUUAGCAGACUGGACAGUUUUAAUCCUCAAAGGUUCAUCUUUAAGUCUCUCUGCUGUUCUCCAGCCUCCUGUAUCAGAUCCUGUUGAACUGGGAGGAGAUACAACUUUGCAGUGUUCAAUACUCACAGAUGUGUCUGCAGGAGAUCACAGUGUGUACUGGUUCAGACAUGGAUCAGGAGAAUCCCAUCCAGGAAUCAUUUACACUCAUGGAAACAGGAGUGAUGAGUGUAAGAAAAGCUCUGAGACUGAUUCUCCUACACAGAGCUGCGUCUACAAACUCCCCAAGAGAAACCUCAGCCUCUCUGAUGCUGGAACUUACUACUGUGCUGUGCUCAUGUGUGGAGAGAUCAUCUUUGGGAACGGAACUAAACUGGACUUUGUAGGCUCACUGCAAUGA